AUGCACAAGCAACGGGAUGCAGAUACGCAGCACAUCCCCAUAGAUACACUUCAGCGCAUCCAGCGCAUCGUCCUCGAAGAGACGCAAGGCGGCAGAACCAUCAUCCGCAACCUCGUCUCCAUCAUGAACGGCGAGGACCCCGACGGGAAACCCUCUCACCGCCUCCAGUCGGCGCGCAUCCUGCUCAGACUCGGCUUCGAAGAAGCCAGAGAAGCCCUCGGCAGUUCAGGACAUCAGCGCAAUGCUGCCUCGCAGCAAGACGAAAUGGCGCAGGAUGGCUCACAGCCCGCCCAGCAGCCACUCAGCCCUGAACACGAGAAGGUGAACAAGAAACUCGUCGCGCGCAUCAGGGUUGACUCAGAGGGUGGAGCCAGCAUGGUAAGAAUCCUGCUCGAGAUUCUGGAAGGCAACGACCCUGAUGCAAGGACGCGCGACAGGAUAGAAGCGGCUAAAGUCCUGCUUCACUGGGGAUUUGGCAACCCUGCGCAGCCCGACCCUGACUUCAUGAUGUUCUACGCGCCCUGCCACCCCGACUGCCUCUGCGUCUGCAAGGACCUGGAUGAAGACCAUCCGGACGUCAUCCAGAGCCACACGCCUCCCACUGAGGAGCAGCGCGAGGCGUGGGCAAGGGAGCAGGAGAUACUGGAGCGAGCUGCGGAGACUGCGGAGCGCAAGGCAAGAGCAGACCGAGCGUGGAGGCUGGAGCAGAGCUAUUCGCCCGUCGCGCAGGACGACAGGCGACUCGAAAGAGAAGAGCGUCGCCUCAAGCGCGAACGCAACCGCAACCGCAGCCCCUUAACCCCAAAGUCCCACCCCUUCUGGGCGUAG